AUGCCACGCAGAAACGUGGAUGGGCCAGUCUCCCACGCCAAGUGGCCGACAGUCGACGCCUUCCGCUCCACAUCGACAUCGUCACCAUGGGAUGUAGAUGAUUCCACGGCCCAGACCGUCAGCAAGCUUAACUGUGUCUUUGGUUUCCGGCCACCAAACGCCUACAACUAUACCGUCACCCUCACCCGCAACAACCGCGCCCAAGGGCAAGCAACCAUCACAUGCUACCGCCAAACUUCCCUGGCUCUGGGAGGACCCUACGCCGAAUUCUUCAAGGCAUCCGAGGCCCUGGUUCUGCUGCAGCACAUGGUGAACGCAUCAUCAAUGUCAUUUGUGCCCUUUAGCAAACGGGAACGAUCCGAGCUGAUGCUCCGCAUGCGAACUUCGCCAGACGCCAUGAUUCUCGGUGAGCCUUGCUCCAACGCACGCGCGUGGACGAGCUUCUUCUCCACGGAACUCGGUGCUGGAAGGGCCUGGGAGGUAGGCACCGUCAUCUUCCCCUGGAAGGUGCUCGAGAGGCUGAUGAGCUCUCUCAAUUCCGAGUUCGCGCGCAAGAGGAGAGUGCAGUCUCGCGCUGCCGCCGCGUUUAACAGACGAGAGGCGGAAGAGCACACGGGACCAAGAGGAGGACGCGGAAGCACGGCCUUUCAGCACAGCUACAGCCACUCCUACGACUCCAGCCCCGUAUCUCUGCACCUUGCCGGUGCAGAGCAUGGUAAUCUCGAAGCCGCAGCAGCAGCAGUAGCAGGGGACCGCAGCUCCGUGGCAUCCGGGUCGCCACCCCCUCGUACACCAACAGAGAUUCUGCCGCCCAAGCUGCAACUCCUGUCGGAACAGCGCACCUCUCAGAUUCACCAGUCUCCUCCCCCUCCGCCUGCUCUGGCGGCCGUGACAGCCGCGCAAAUCCGAACGCGCAGACGCCAGCACUCUGAGCCCGCCGUCCGACGCCUAAGCCUGACGCCGCCGCGCAUCUCGCUACUCAAAUCCAACAACCUGCGUCGGCUGCACGCUUCUUCGACGCCGACGCGGCUCGAGUUUUACGACUCGAUCCGGGCGUGGCCUGCUAGCUCGCACCGAGCGCGUGUGAGGCUGCCGCCGUGCUCCCGAUUCCUGGAGAUGGUUGAGGACCAGGGGGUUGAUUCUCAUAACCCGAUUGUGGUUUGA